CAAGCACUCCCUCCAGCCAUCCUCACAGCACGCGGUCGGUCUAUCGUACAGACGUAUUCUGACGGAGAUUUCACAGAUGCCCCGCUGGAGACCAACGCACCGUGUAAUUUCCAUCCUCUUCCUCAUCUCUUGUCUGUCUCUCGUAAACGCCCAGGACGAAUGUAUUCUAGAGGUCGACGGCGUCAAGUAUGAUUUGACUUCCGCCAGAGGUGAACACUCGGCGUCCAGAACAAGAGACACACCGCCCAGCACCAUGCGAGACGCCGUGAGGUUCGAUCUGUGUGCCGAGUUGGGCACUCUGGACGGUGUCGACGAAGCUGAUCAGUGUCCUAAAGGGACGAGGGCGUGCUUGACGAAGACCAACACAAAGGGUGACUCGGAUCGAAUCAUUGCGGUCGUACCGGUUGCACAGACCGAAGACCUGAAACCACAGUACUCAGCUCUUUCAUCUCCUAAAGGGCUUAGCAUAACCCUUCAUGGUUCCUCAUAUCCUUCUUCUUCGACAGAGUUAAUUCCACAGUCCUUCAAUAUUUCACUCCUUUGCGCGACUGAAGCCUCUGAUCCUAUAUUCAAGUCGUACGAGGCGGGCCAAGUCAGCGUGGAAUGGAGCGUGAUUGCAGGGUGCGGCUUUUCGGGCGAUAAGGAACCACCAAAACACGAGGGCGACAAUGGCGGUGAAGGUAGCGAGGGGGAUGAUAGAAAGGAGGACCAGUCAGUGGGUAGUGGAAUUGGGUGGUUCUUCCUCGUUCUAUUGCUUGCGUUCAUGGGAUACUUCCUUUUGGGUGCAUACUACAACUACACAACUUACGGAUCAACAGGCAUUGAUCUAGUUCCACACCGCGAUUUCUGGCGAGAGGCUCCAUACAUGUUGCGCGACGUUGUAUCACAUCUAUGUGGUUCCUUCCGACAACGACACACCUCAAGUCGGGGAGGAUAUAUAGCCGUUUGAGCCUCGCGGUGAGUAGGAGUGGGCAGUUGAUGCUACGUUCCAUCAAUGGACUCCAGUCGGUGUUAGUGGAGAGCUUAUGCACGGUCGUCAUUAAUGAUGAAAUAUUUCCACGUCUUGCUAAGGGAAUCCUGAGCCUGGGUUUUAUUUUAUGCUUUCGUCCCCAGCGACAACUUCCAAGCCGGCAGUCGCUGCGACGCGCUGUUAUGUAUUAUUUAUGCAUCGCUCAGUGACGGCAGUGGUCUACUGUGACAGCACCUUGACACUAUAUCUUCUUGUCUCCAU